AUUUAUUUAUAUAACAGUACCCAUUUGGUUUACAGCAGACAUGAGGACAGUUCUGCAGCAAGAUCAAGGAACAGUAAAAAAAGCUAUAAAAUUCCUUCACAUUCUCUUUCCCCUGAAGAAGACAUUCGGUCUCUUUUUCUGCUUUUCCAAUGGCUCUCUCUCCAAUCUGAUAUAGGGAGAGAGCUCCUGCAUUUUCAUUCACAGUAAGAAAUUAGAUCUUUUACUAAUCUCUUAUUUUGAUGCCAUGGAAAGGAAGAAGAAAGAUCACAAAAUUGCUCCAGCUACUACCCAUGAACUUGACUCUAAUGACUUGCUGAGCAAAGAAGAACAAAACCAACCCACUGUUGCAUUUGCUAAGAAGAGUAUGGGAGCUACUAGUCCUUCACAUGAUGAUGCACCUUCCCUUAACCAGCAAUUCCCUUCAAUUCUUCAAUGGCCAUACACAUCUCAAAAUAAUGGUAAACAGCCUCCCUCAAGUUCACAACCUUGUGUAUCUACCCAAUCACCUCCAUCCAUAUCUGUCAGCCAAUGGCAUCAAUUCUCUCAUCUGCCAUUAAAUCCUGCUAGUCAUCAGGGCCAUCCACUGCCUCACCAGGCCCAAUCAACAGCGCCAUUUUGGUUACCUCAGCGUCCUGGUUACCAUAUGCCUGGUGUGAAUGCACCUGCUAUAUUUCCGCCUUUCACUCCUUCUGGUGUAGUUAAUGCUAGUUGGCAGGCUUCUGGUUUAAUAGGAGGUGCAACUUCAUCAAAAGACCAUAAUCAGGUUCCCAAUUUUUGUUACCAAGUUGGUUACCCAUAUCCAGGCUUUCCAGGGCCUUGGGAUCCAUCAUCUUGGUGGGGCCAUAUUCAACCAUCGCAGCCUCCUAGCAAUUAUGCAUUCCCAGGAGCAUAUGGCUACUUUUCGUUACAACAUCCAACUCUGCCUGAUUGUUCAGCACCCUUUGGACAGUCAUCUCAAAGGGGGAUCAUUAGGCCUCCUGCAAAACUUUCUCAAAAGCACCAACAACUCUGGGAAGCUCAAUCAGCAGAGAAUGUUCAAUUAUGGAAUGUAGUUGGACAUUUGCAAUCAGAAAUAGCUGAUUAUAAGAGCCACAUAACGAAGCUUGAAUCAGAAGUUUCAUCACUGAAACAAGCAAUGGAAGAGUUCACUGCACAUGUAACUGGGACUGCUGUAUCUAGACAAACAUCAAAGAGAGGGAGACCGAGGAGAUCAGUUGCUUCAGUUGAUGCAUUACCUUCACCUGAUGGAUCUCAACCCCAAACACGUGGUAGAAAAGCACGUACUUUUGAGAAAGUUAUCCUAAACAAGGCAGAAGAUAAAGUUAAAUCAUCGAAUCCAACCGCUGUUCCCCAAGAAGAAGAUGAAAAGGUCUCAAAUGUGAUCACAAACAGUAGCAAUAACAUGGUUAUUAAUGGAAGUAAUGUGAUGGUGCCAUCAUUCCCAAAUCAAGUUCCCCAAGAUAUUUCCCAAAUGCAAAUGUCUGGAGUUGAAAAGAAUGAUGCUAAAACAGAAAAUACAAAUAACAACUUCACAGUCAUGAAUCAGCAAGCCAAGGGGAUGGACCAUAGAAGUGUUCUUUUAGCUUCUUUUUUAGGAGCAAGAAACAAUGGAAGUCUUGGAUGGCCAUACGCAAUCAUCCCUGAAGGCAGUGGGACAAAUGACUUGAAUACGGGUACUCAAAGCUUUUACAAUUAUGGCAGUGUUAUCAGAGAAGAUGGAAAGGUUAUUCCUGGAUGGAGUUUUGUGAAUGAAGAGGAUGCUUCUGAAGAGCUUGAAGAUGCUGUGGCGACAUCAGCCAAGAAUGAAAAUGAGGAAGAAAUGGGAGAUGAUGCCACCUCUGGUGGCGAAGAAAUCACCUGUUCAAAGGGGGAAGGUGAAGAUCUGCCUCAGUUUCAGUAACUGGUGAAGAAAUUUCCCUCACUUUCUCUUCACAUUAUAUUAAUGGGUUCUCUAUGUGUACCUUUCUGUGAUAAACUAACACUAGAUAUAGGGCAGAGUAACAGGUUGCCCAAAAUUUUGCAGGGAGCAGGAUAUCACUGCUCACAAAUUUUGAACUUGCCAAGUGACUAAUUUGGUAAUCAGUCUAUGUCUAAGUUCUCCUUGUUCUAUCCCUUUUUUGGUACAAUCGACAUUAAUUGAGAGCCGAACUCGAGACCUCACAGUUUUAGAGGCGAUUUCAGUACUAAAGAGUUAAAAGCUCUUUGA